CGCGCGCGCGCGGCCGGGGGCGCGCGCGGCGGAGGGAGGGAGCCGGGAGGCCGCGGAGCAGCCAGCGCCGCCAUAUUAGGGACCGCGGAGCCCCGGGAUCGCGUCCGCGGCGGCCGCGGCCGGGCUUGAGGGAGCUGCGUUGGCCGGAGGCGGGCGCAGCGCGGUGCCCGGAGAGGCGGGGCCGGCGGGAGCCAGCGGGCGACGAGAGCGAGCCAGGCUGAGCGCGGCCGCCCUGCCUCGCCAUGGACCAGGACUACGAGCGGCGCCUGCUCCGCCAGAUCGUCAUUCAGAACGAGAACACGAUGCCCUGUGUCACAGAGAUGCGGAGAACCCUGACGCCCGCCAACUCCCCGGUGUCCUCGCCCAGCAAGCACGGAGACCGCUUCAUCCCCUCGAGGGCCGGCGCCAACUGGAGCGUGAACUUCCACAGGAUCAAUGAGAACGAGAAGUCACCCAGUCAAAACCGGAAGGCCAAGGAUGCCACCUCGGACAAUGGCAAAGACGGCCUGGCCUACUCCGCCCUGCUCAAGAACGAGCUGCUGGGAGCCGGCAUCGAGAAGGUGCAGGACCCGCAGACCGAGGACCGCCGGCUACAGCCGUCCACGCCCGAGAAGAAGGGCCUCUUCACGUACUCCCUCAGCACCAAGCGCGCGAGCCCUGACGACGGCAAUGACGUGUCGCCGUACUCCCUGUCCCCCGUCAGCAACAAGAGUCAGAAGCUGCUCCGGUCUCCACGGAAACCCACCCGCAAGAUCUCCAAGAUCCCCUUCAAGGUCCUGGACGCGCCCGAGCUGCAGGACGACUUCUACUUGAACCUGGUCGACUGGUCAUCCCUCAACGUGCUCAGCGUGGGGCUGGGGACCUGCGUGUACCUGUGGAGCGCGUGCACCAGCCAGGUGACCCGGCUCUGCGACCUCUCUGUGGAAGGGGACUCGGUGACCUCCGUGGGCUGGUCUGAGCGGGUGAGUCCAGCGGGCCCGGCCCCCACCGGGCAGUGCUGGGACACCCAGAGGAGCCAGAGUCCAGCAGUGCGGGGACUGUCCCUCGCACUGCUGAUGAUGGAGGUGGGAGGGGACGGGUUGCUCUGCAGCAGGCCAGCCUGGCUCUGCCCCUGCCGGCUGUGUGGCUUUGGGCGGUACAUCCUCCCUGUCGGGGGCGGCCAGUGUGGCCACAGGUGCUCGGGGGCCGGGGCGUCCCCAGGCCUCACAGCCCCUGUCCCCCAGCUGCUGGUCUGGAACCACUCGAGCCUCAGCCCCGUGCAGCAGUACACAGAGCACCUGGCGGCCGUGAAGGCCAUCGCCUGGUCCCCACACCAGCACGGCCUGCUGGCGUCCGGCGGCGGCACGGCCGACCGCUGCAUCCGCUUCUGGAACACGCUCACGGGGCAGCCACUGCAGUGCAUCGACACGGGCUCCCAAGUGUGCAACCUCGCCUGGUCCAAGCACGCCAACGAGCUGGUGAGCACACACGGCUACUCACAGAACCAGAUCCUCGUCUGGAAGUACCCGUCCCUGACCCAGGUGGCCAAGCUGACCGGGCACUCCUACCGCGUCCUGUACCUGGCGAUGUCCCCAGACGGGGAGGCCAUAGUCACCGGUGCUGGGGACGAGACCCUGAGGUUCUGGAACGUCUUCAGCAAAACCCGUUCGACAAAGGAGUCCGUGUCUGUCCUCAACCUCUUCACCAGGAUCCGGUAAACCCGCCGGGCGGGACACGCGGCGCCAGCCGUCCGGGGUCGGGAGACCCCCAGCUGUGCUCGGCUUGCAUGGACCCUGCCUCCCGCACAACCCCAGAGGGGCGGCGGGGCGGGAGCUGGGCCUGGAGAACCCUGGAGUCUCAUUAAACGCCUGAUUGUGAGCGCGUCGCCGGUGUUUGGGGUGGGCCCGCGGCUGGGGGCUCCGUCUCCCUCCUGAAGGCCAAGAACCACCCUGGGGGACCUCGUGGCCCCGGUUGGACCAUUUAUACCUGGAGCGGGACAGACGCCCCGGACCCUCACCUGCGCCCGCCACACCUGUCACCCUGGGGCUGCAUGCCCUUCCUGGAAGCCAUCUCUGCCCACGCGCCUGGGACAGACAGCCGGACGUGGGGGCCUGGCACCCCGGCUGCCUCUUCGCAGAUGCGGUCCUCCGCCAGCCCAGAGCCAGCGGCUGCGGGGCGCUGAGCCCGCUGUUGCCAGCGCAUCGAGGGGCCCCGCUGGUUGGAGGCGUCUUUGCUGCCGUCUCUGCCGUCAGCACCCGGGAGGGGCGCGGUGGAAGUGCCACAUGGAGCAGCGCCCGCCAGCAGCAGCGCGGCUAGGGUCUGAGCGUCCUGCCGGGCCGCGGCCCUCACGCCAGAGCAGAAGCUCUGCAGACGGACUCGUUGUCCAGGAGAGCGGAAGGGACCUGCUCGCCAUUCCGACUGGAGAGUGGCCUCGGCGUGUCCCCAGCGGGGUCCGGCAUCCUCCUUCCCCGAGCCAGACUCGAGUUCCCUGUGCGUGUGGGCGGCCGGGCCCCGUGGAAGGUCGCUGGGUGUGGGUGACCGCGGGGGCCUCACCGUCCUCGCCUGACUUGUGCUGUUGUGUCUGUCUGCGCCAGCGCCGUGGGGAGGCCAGGGGAGAAGGGGGGGGGGGGCCUUGGUCCUUCCAGAAGCUUCCUGGUCUUUCCCUGACGCCUGACACUCAGAUACUGGCUCAUGCUCCCUGUCCCCAGACAGCAGGCGGGGCUGAGGCCGGCUGCGGGGCGGAGCAGGCAGGUGUGUGCAUGUGUACAUACGUAUUCGUGACUUUUCUUUGGACUUGUUUGUUUUUGUUGAGUCUAGACAGGGAGGGGUAGGGCCUGCCAGGCCGCCCCCUGCCCCCCGCCCGCACGCCGCUCCUGGGGGCCAGGCCACUGGGCCAGACCCUGCUCGUGGGGAGGAGGCAGGUCACUGUACCUGUGGGACGACAGAAACCCACCUGCCGUCCAGAGGACUGUGGCCCCACCCGCCCCUCCCCCACAGCAGGUCAGGUGUACAUAGAGGUGUGCGUUUGAUUGGUCUGGUCUUGCUGUGUGAGUUGUGUUUUUUUUUUUUUUGAAAAAACAGGCCCCACCAUUUCCCUUCACCCGCCCGCGAGCAUGGCUGGGAGCCCAGGAGCUGCCGUGGGCAGGGGGCCUGGUGGCUCUGAGCGUGGGACCCUCCCUGGGGCUCAGAACCACCGCAGGUCCAGACGCAGGAGAGGGCGAGACGCUUGUCAUCUUGGCGGGCGACAGUGGCUGCGGGUGGCUGCAGAGGCGGGUGGCGGGUGGCCUGCAAGACAUUCAGAGCCUUGUUUUCCAUGUAAUGGGGUGUCACUGUCAUUAAACAAGUUGUGGAUUCAUGCA